AUGAAUGAUGCUAUGAGCCAUGCAUUACCGGUCUUUCAUAAUUACACGCCGAAAUUUUAUUGCCAGGAAAGAAAUGGAACGAAACGAACGUACGGAUGCCAGGAACUGGCCAAUGUGACCCUCACGAGCAACGUGACUUCCGGUCUCGAGGACUAUUCCGACUCGGACCUGUGUUUCGGCGAUUAUCAAUUCGCCACCGAGUUCGGAGAGAACAGCGUGGUGACGGAGUGGGGUUUAAUUUGUGAAAAAAAAUAUUUGACAUUUCUCGGACCGACGGUUUAUUACGUAGGAGUUUUAAUGGGCGCCUGGAUCGCCGGACUUUUGGCUGAUCGUAUAGGCAGACUUCCAGUUCAAGCGAUUUGCCUGUACACACAGGGGACUAUGGCCGUUGCACUGUAUGUCGUACAGAAUUACCCCACGUUCUUGGCCCUUCGAGGACUGCAAGGGGUCUUUGUCCAGGGUCUACAAAAUUCUACAUACAUUCUUUCUUUGGAAUUGUUCCCGGCAAAAGCACGGACAUUCGUUGCAUUAGUUAUGCAAAUUGCGUGGGCCAUCGGUUUACUACUUCUGGCUGCGCUCAGUUAUGCGAUACCAGAUUGGAGAAUCCUGCAGCUGGCAGUUUCAGUUCCCACUGCCAUUACUGUUCUUUACAUUUGGAUCAUACCGGAGUCGCCAAGAUGGCUGUUAGCAAAGGGUAAAACGACGGAAGCGGAUAUGGCGUUGGAACGUAUCGCAAAGUACAAUGUCUGUUGCACGAGAUCGCGACGGGAAAAUGCUAAAACCGAGGCGAUCGUGACUGAAAACACGACACCGAUUAAACCGGAGAGGAAGUCACGCGUUUCAUCCUCCGAAUUGAAGAAAUCGAAAACGGACAGCGACAUGAAAGAUGAGGCUGUCAAUUUGCUGACUAAUAACAUGGAAAGUAGUCAGCAGAAAGUUCGAAAAACUAGUCUAAGAGCAAUUUCUGAAAAUCUUGAAAACAAACUUCCAAAAACGGAAUCAGCGUCAGACUCCCCAACAUGUGAAAAUGGUGAAACGGAGAAGAAGAAUAUUCCCACGAGCUCGAAGAGUCACCGGAAGUCGAAAUCCAUAUCCCAGCCGGCCGGUAGUCAACGACUCUCCAUGAAAAAUGCGUACGAUAUCGUCGAGCUGCGAACUCCCGCGAAGAAUGAAAUAUUAACUAAAGAUGAAGAGAAGAUAGAGAAUAAAAUCGAUGACAAGUCCAGUGACACUCAAACAAAACAGGAAUUGAAGGAUCUGUUCAAAUCCUCUCUGCUGAGGAAAUAUGGCGUAGUAUUGUUUUGCCAAUGGUUAACAUCUUCCAUGGCGUGUUGCGUGUUCAUGGCACUGAUACCAAAUUUCCCCGUGAAUCGGCACGUCACGUUUGCGCUCGGGGGCGCAUUAGAAAUUGCAAGUUACGUGUUCGUCUAUUUCGUAUUGUCCAGAUACGGUAGACGAACGCCUAUGUCUGCGUAUCAGUCUUUCAGCGGCGUUAUUUGCAUCUUAAUGGCAGCUAUAAUCAUUCUGACGAAGCCUGCGAUUGGGAUCGAUUUCACGAAGACCAUUAUACUCUCGCUCGGCAGAAUAGCAGUGAUGAGUACCAUUUCCAUAGCGUAUUUAUACUCGAUCGAGAUCUACCCGACUGUUGUGCGAGGGACCUGUUUAGGCAUGUGCACCGUUUUCGCGAAAAUCGGCAGUUUAUGCACACCACACGUAUUACUAUCGGGUGAAUACUUUCCAGUCACCAUUCCAUUAAUUGUCAUUGGAAUGCUCUGCUUAGUGUCUGGAGGCCUAGCUCUGAUUCUACCGGAAACUCUGGGCAAAAUUUUGCCCGACACUGUAGAGGAUUCAGAUUUAUUGGUUGUAAAGAGGAGGGAGAAGAAGGAUAACGAAACUUUAAAUAACGACAGCGUGCCGAAUGAAGAAGAUCUAUCAGAAAGAGAAGUACUUCGAGCAAAACUCUUUUCGGAAGAUUGGGUGGACGCCGGAAAUGGUAUAUUAGUCAAUUUUACAGACAAUAAGAAUUCUGAGUGA